AUGGCGCUUCUCAAACCCGCCUUCCUCAACCACCUCAAAAUCCUAGCCAAUCCCCGCCACCGUCUGCCGCCCUCUUUCAUUGCCCUCCGCUGCCUCUCAUUUAGUACACCAGAAGAAGCCGCCGCCGAACGCCGCCGCCGCAAGCGUCGUCUCCGUGUCGAACCUCCGCUCUCCUCUGCUCAACGCUCUCAACAACAUGCCCAGCAGGUUGUUCCACCGAGACCAAUCCAAAACCCAAACGCCCCUAAAGUCCCUGAACCCGUAACCGCUCUCUCCGGAAACCGCCUCAACCUCCACAACAAGAUCUUGAAGCUCAUCCGCGAGAACGACCUUGAGGAGGCCGCUCUAUACACGCGCCACUCUGUUUACUCCAAUUGCCGCCCCACGAUUUACACUGUGAACGCUGUCUUGAACGCCCAGCUGCGGCAAUCGAAAUACGCGGAUCUACUCUCUCUGCAUCGGUUCGUAACCCUGGCCGGAAUCGCCCCCAAUGUGAUAACACACAAUCUUAUUUUCCAAACUUAUCUUGAUUGCAAAAAACCCGAUACUGCCCUUGAGCAUUACAAGCAGUUCAUCAACGAGUCCCCGGUUAGUCCUUCUCCUACUACUUAUAGGAUUUUAGUGAAAGGGCUGGUGGAUAAUGGGAAAUUGGAUAAGGCUAUGGAAAUGAAGGAAGAAAUGGCCGAGAAAGGUUUGGCUCCUGAUCCUAUUGUCUAUAGUUUUUUAAUGUUCGGUUGUGCCAAGAACCGGGAUUCAGAUGGGAUUUUUAAGCUUUUUGAGGAGUUAAAAGAGAAUAAAGAUGGGGUCAUUUAUGGGAGCUUAAUGAACGGGUAUUUCAUGAAGGGAAUGGAGAAAGAAGCUAUGGAAUGUUAUGAAGAAGUUUGUGGAGAGAAUUCGAUGGUUAAGAUGAGUGCUGUUGCUUAUAACUACGUUCUUGACGCAUUAAGUAAGAACGGGAAGUUUGAUGAGGCUUUAAGAUUGUUUGAUAGGAUGAAAAAUGAGCAUAGUCCUCCUAGGAGAUUAGCAGUGAAUUUGGGAAGCUUUAAUGUGAUUGUUGAUGGAUAUUGCACCGAAGGUAAGUUUGAGGAAGCCAUGGAUGUUUUCAGGUCAAUGCGAGAUUAUAGGUGUAGUCAGGAUACUUUGUCGUUUAACAAUUUGAUUGAUCAGCUGUGCCAAAAUGAAUUGUUGGGUGAAGCUGAGGAGCUAUAUGUCGAAAUGGGUGCCGAUGGUGUUAGCCCCGAUGAGUAUACUUAUGUUCUGUUGAUGUAUGCUUGCUUUAAAGUGAAUAGGAUUGAUGAUGGGGCUUCGUAUUUUAGGAAGAUGGUGGAGGCGGGUUUGAGGCCAAACUUGUCUGUUUAUAAUAGGUUGGUCGACGAAUUGGUUAAAGCUGGGAAGGUGCAUGAGGCGAAAUCGUUUUAUGAUACAAUGGUGAAGAAGCUUAAGAUGGAUGAUGCCAGCUAUAAGUUUAUGAUGAAAGCACUUAGUGAUGUGGGGAAGUUGGAUGAUGUGCUGAAGAUGGUUGAUGAGAUGUUGGAUGAGGAAAGCUCUGAUUUUAAUGAGGAGUUGCAAGAAUUUGUUAGAGAGUUGUUAAGAAAUGUAGGGAGAGAAGAUGAUUUGACAAAGCUUAUGGAGGAGAAAGAGAGACUGAAGGCCGAAGCUAAAGAUCGGGAAAUCGAAGCUGCAGAAGCAGCCAAGAGAAGUGCCAAAGCCGCAGUCGCAUCUUUACUUCCAUCAAAUUUAUUUGGGAAAAAAGGUGAAUCUGAGUCGUCUUUGGCCACCGAAAACACCAUUGAUGCUUCCUCUCAAGGUGAAGUGCCGGAAGAAGAUGAGAGUGAAGGGCCUACCGAGGAAGCUACUUCUAUGGAGACUGUUGCAGAUUCUAAUUUUGUUGAAGCAAAGCAGCAAUUCUGAUAAAAUUGUCUUAAACUGAUAUUGCAAAAGAUAGCUCUAUAUUUUGAAGGAAUCUUUUAUGUUCA